ACAGAAGGUCCCCGUUCCGAUUUGGUUUUUAAAACCUUGAUGACCGUAAUGUUGAAGUGAACUACCUCGGAGCUUCACAUUGCCAAACAUUCAAUAGCAAUAAAAGCCAAUGGCAUCUUCUGGAGACUCCUGGGUAAGGGAAUAUAAUGAAGCAGUCAGACUUUCUGAUGACAUCACGAACAUGAUAUCUGAAAGGAACUCGCUGCCAGCAUCUGGGCCAGAAGCCCAACGGCAUGCAUCUUCUAUUCGGAGGAAAAUAACCAUACUGGGAACUAGACUGGACAGCCUACAAUCUCUUCUAUCAAAGCUUCCUGGCAAGCAAUCUUUGUCAGAGAAAGAAAUGAAUCGUCGUAGAGACAUGGUUUCUAAUUUGAGAUCAAAAGUGAACCAGAUGGCUUCCACUUUGAACAUGUCAAAUUUUGCGAAUAGGGACAGUUUACUUGGCCCUGAGAUAAAGCCUGUUGAUGCAAUGAGCAGAAUUAGUGGCCUUGACAACCAUGUUUCUUUUUCCCACUUUUUGCUACAAUUCCCUGCAGAACAAGAUGAGGGUCUUGAGAAACUGGAGGAAACAGUGAUAAGCACCAAACACAUUGCACUGGCAGAUAAUCUAGAUGAACAUGUCGAGGUCACAGACUCCAGAUUGCAGCGAGUACAGAGGAGGCUUGCAAUAUUGAACAAGAGGACUAAGGGUGGCUGCUCCUGCUUGUGCCUCCUCCUAUCUGUCAUAGGGAUUGUGGUUUUGGUUGCCAUCAUAUAUUUGUUGGUCAAAUAUUUAAGAGCUAAAGGCAGGACAGAUCCAAUAAGAGGAGAGGAAGAGGGCAAAGGAGUAGACGAUUCGUUGCAUUCCGCUAGC